AUGGUUAUGGCUGGAUAUGGCACGGUGGCUGAAUAUUACACUGUGAUGGUUAUGGUUGUAUAUGGCACGGUGGCUGAAUAUUACACUGUGAUGGUUAUGGCUGGAUAUGGCACGGUGGCUGAAUAUUACACUGUGAUGGUUAUGGCUGGAUAUGGCACGGUGGCUGAAUAUUACACUGUGAUGGUUAUGGUUGUAUAUGGCACGGUGUCUGAAUAUUACACUGUGAUGGUUAUGGCUGUAUAUGGCACGGUGUCUGAAUAUUACACUGUGAUGGUUAUGGCUGGAUAUGGCACGGUGUCUGAAUAUUACACUGUGAUGGUUAUGGCUGGAUAUGGCACGGUGUCUGAAUAUUACACUGUGAUGUUAUGGCUGUAUAUGGCAUGGUGUCCAAUGCUCUCAAUAUAUUUUCUUUUUUCCUCAUAA